AUGAUCCCAAAAGUAUUUCAUCUAAUUGAACCAUAUGAUUCAGAAGAUAAUUUGAAAUUCAUUACAAAUAACAUGAAGAAUAGUCAUUAUGAAUAUCAUAAUAUUUCUAUGAAUGAAAUUUCAGAAACAAAUAAAUGGGCAAGUAAAUUGACAUCUUCAUUACUUACUAGUCAACAACGAUUUCAUAAUUAUUAUCGAUUAAAUUUAUUAAUUGAUUGUGCAAGAAAACUUGAUUGUAAAUAUUUAGUUUUAGGUGAAUGUAGUAAUAGAGUUACAGUGAAAUAUUUAUUAGAAAUUAUAGAAGGUCGUGGAAAUCAUAGCAGUAUACAAACAUCAUUCUUAGAUGAACGAUACCAAGAUAUAACAAUUGUUAGACCAUUACGUGAUUUUCUGGCGAAAGAAAUAGCUUUAUACGCUCAUUUUAUGCAUUUGGAAUUUGUUACACCCAAUGAUCCAUUAACAUCAAUUGUUCUUAAAAAUCCUAAUGUCAAUACAUUGGAAAGAUUAACUCAAGAUUUCUUAGCUACAUUGCAAACUGGUGGAUUCCCAUCGACUACUGGAACUAUUCUUAGAACAUCUUCGAAAAUUGUUCUGGAAAACGACUCUCAAAUUACAUGUAGUUUCUGUCAUUUUCCUGUAUCCAAUACUGACUCUUCCAAUGAUCCUGACAAGUUGGCUACAAAAUCUAUGAUACAUUCUUCCUCUUUAUCUAACCCUGAUUGUUUUAAUAAAAAACAAUUACUGGAAUUAUUGACAAGGACUUAUGUCUCUCCUGUUCACUAA